AUGUCCGAAGAAUCCCCAGCUCAAAGAUCCGCCCGUCUGCGGCGCGAGCGGCGCGAGGCCAAGAUCAAGGAAGGAGGGUCUGCACGCCUGGACAAGAUCACCAGCCUGAGCGGACGCACACCACAAUCGGAACGCGAAGAUGCCUCCCCAUCCCCGUCUCCCCAACCCUCAAUCGGCGCCUCACCAUCUCCAGCACCCCCAAUCCCCCAGUUCCGCCCCUCGCCAUCCCCUCAGUUAGAAAUGCAAUCGCCUGAAGCCCAACGCGCCCAGCAAGAAGCUUUCCUCGCCAUGCUCCAACAAUCUGCGCAGAACCAAGGCCAAGGCCAACAACCCGAUAGCCAAGCCCAAGCUCUCCAAGCACAACAAGACGCCUUCCGCGCACUGCUGCGCCAAUCCGCACCAGAACAAGGACAGGGACAGGGACAAGGUCAAGCACAAGGCUUCGGCCCGCAAUCCAACGACGCCGAAGACCCCACUAUCAAACUCCUCAACUCCCUCCUAGGCGCCAUGCCCGGUGGUGAUCCCAACGCCCCGCCUGGUGCACCACCUGCUGGUGGCCCCACGCCGGGACCUGGAUCCUCGCUCGCUGCCAUGGCUACUAUGGCUGGUGUGCCACCCUUUUUAGCGAACAUGCUUGGUGGAGCUGCGGCUCCAACAGAGGCGCAGGCGAAGAGCGCUCGCAUUUGGAAGACGUUGCAUACUGUUUUUGCAUUGGCUGUGUCGUUUUACUUGCUUUUCUUGAUUGGAACUUCUGUCUCGUUGUUUGGAAGUCCGCCGCCGAAGCCUGCGACUGCUCAGAAUCCCUUUGCCAUCUUUGUCACGGGUGAAUUGCUCUUGACUGGAGGGAAGAUCAUGUUUGGUGGGAAAUCAGGUGGAAUGGGAAUGGCUGUGCAGCUUGGAAAGGAUAUCAUUCGCGAUGGGAAACUGUUGCUGUUUGUUCUGGGGCUUGCUUCAUGGUAUCAUCCUGAAUGGCAGGCUUCGGCUUCCGCGUAG